AAGCAGCAAGAGGAGAACAGGCAGCUGCCAAAAGAUAUAAAAAACUGGGGCUCGUGUUCUGCACGUCAUCAUUCAACCUACAGCCAACUUCAGUAGGAAUAGCUAGCCACUAAAGUCACUCCCUCUGAACCAAACCUCCAGUUCCCACACUGACACUCAAGAUCUCGCUUCAGACUGAAAGAGCACGGGCUCAGCAACAUUACAUCCUCACGGACGGGGAUGUUUUUGGAUUAACCAGUUACUGGGUGCAGACUCUUCUGGUUGGAGGCACCUUUUGGAAGGAACACUUCUGGUGGAAGAUACCCCUUGCUUCAAAAUCAGGGGAUACAAUGCUCCUCGACAGUUUAAUACACUGAGUAGCAGCUCCGUGGCCUGGCCGUGAUGGGUAGCAGACCGAGCAAGUCAAGGCGCUUCUCCAAUGCAGUGAUUCCAUCCACCAUGAACAACCAACCUUCAAACGAUAUGAGUCAAAUUAUGGUGGUGGUGGCCUUGUACAAUUAUCCUUCGUCUUCCGAUGUUGAACCCAUCAUCACUGUGGGAGAGAGGUUGAAUGUCAUUCACAAUGAAGGUGAUUGGUGGAAAGUAGUGUCCUUGGCGACUGGGAAAGAAUGCCACAUUCCUUGCAACUACGUGGCAAAGGUGUAUCACAGGUGGCUGUUUGAAGGCAUCAGCAGAGAGAAGGCCGAGGAGUUGCUCUUGUUGCCGAGCAACCAGUCUGGGGCCUUCAUGAUCCGAGACAGUCAAACCAGGAAAGGUUUCUAUUCGUUGUCCAUCAGGCGAUCCAACAUUGCAACCUGGGACUCGAUCAAACACUACCGCAUUAACCGCUUGCCCAAUGGCUGGUUCUACAUCUCUCCACGACUCACCGUUCCAUCUCUGCACGACAUGGUGGACUAUUACUCAGAAUCCGGUGAAGGACUGUGCUGUAUGUUGAGGGAACCAUGUCACAUCCAGGGAGUACAAGCCCCCCAGCAACGUCACCCGGACCCCAUUAUAGUGCAGAACCCUCAGCUGAACUGGAACGAGAUGGACAGCUCCGUUUUGAUAGACAACGACAAAGAAUCGGAAGAGGAGUCGCCCGUCAGCGUGGGAUUGCGGGAAGCCAUCAACUCUUACCUGUUCAUGACCGAGGAGCUGGGGCUGGAUGAGAUGAGCAACAAGAAGACUCGGUUGAAAAUGCUGCAAACUCGGCUGCAGAAUAGCCAGAGGCAAGCCGGCCACAACCUUGCUGGCAACUUCAGUGGCGGUGACUUCAGCUCUGCCAGAUACUAAUGCCAGAUGUGAAGAGGAUGGCCUGUCCCUGCCACAGACUUCAUUGUACUCACUUUAAUUUAUUUACAGUUUAUUAUUUGGAUGCAGUUGAUCUGCCUCUUGUUACUUUUUUUAUUAUUUUCCUUAACGAAAGAAACCACGUUGAUUGGUUGUGGUAUUGGAAUCCAAAAUGGCUUACCAUGAGAUGAAAGGCUUUAAAAUGGCUGCCAAAGAUCACAUCACAUCUUGCCUCAACCACUUGGUGGACUUUAAGAACAGAAUUGUUAAAGAGAAAGGAAGAAAAUCAAACCUAUUUUAACUGCAUUUAUAAUUUCGCCAGGGUGAUGCUUGUAACAACCUCCAAGGAGAAUAAUUCCUGACACCAAGAACUGCGGAUGCUGGAAUCCUGAGUAAAUCAAAGUGCUGGAGUAAUUGUGACCCCCAUUCUUGGAACCUU